GGUUUCAUCUCAUUGGCUAUACUCCAUGAUUACGCAGGUUUUUAUUUUCAUUUAUUUUCAUGUGAGCUUGGUUGUUUUGCUUUUGAAACCCCACGCAAAUAUUAGCCUCACGUGAUUGUGAUUGUGAGUAAUUUUUAGAAGAGGGGAUAGUGGCAAAUUUUAUCGUCGUCGGGUGACCUAGUCAUGUGUGAAUGCGGAAUAAUAAAGGAAGCAUGAAUGUGCUUGGAAGCUGAGUGUUGAUGAAACUAAGCAAACGCGUUAGCAGAAUUUGUGUAUUACAAAAAAUGUAUUGUACAGCGUGUAGUGUUUGAAUUAAAACUUCAGAUAUUAUUGAAGUGUAGCUAAUGUGACGUUUGUUCAUUAACAUUGGUAUUUCUGAUAUGAAUGCAGUUAUAGGGCUGUGUCAUUUUUGUGAACUUCAUGGUCCUAGUGUACUAUUCUGUACACAGUCAUUCCACGACAUAGAGAUAUUAUCUUCAUUUGACUUGGUUCCAAAAAAGAAUUUUUAUGGGGAUGAAACUUUUUUGAAUACCAACAGUGAACAGUUUGAUAACACGAAACCUGUUUGUGAGACUUGCGAUUCCUUCUGCUGCCACUUGCGCGGCUUCAUCAGCAAUGACCAUAAGAACCGUAUCAGCUUCGUCAGUGCGAAGCAGGCAGUGCAGGGAGACGUGGCUUUCCUGCUGCGACAGGCGUGCUUCAGAAGCCUCAGCUGUGAGGUGACUCCAGCGAAGGAAGGUGCAGUGUUUUUCGGGGAUGACAGAGGAUAUGUCUUGAGCCACACAUUUUCCCUGAAAGACGCUGAAGCAAGAGGAUUCAAACGAUGGUUCAGCAUCAUCAUGGUGAUGAAAGACAAGUAUUUCCUUCUCAGCUGCUGGCCGUUUCUCGUCAGAAACAUGCGGGACAUGAUCAGUGAGCUACAGAGGAUAGCUUCUGAGGUGUACGACGAAGAGCAAUCAGCAUGCCCCCAGCGGGCCAUGAGGCUCUCUUCUGUGCCACUCGCAGAGAAGAAGCCGGUCAGCAAGUUCCUGCGCUCGUUUCAAGAUCUAACUGGAGACCCUGCUGUGUUUGCUCGGCUUCAUCUUUGGUUUACCUGGCUCCUGAAAGCUGGUGGAGUUUAUUUAAUGGAAGAGAUUUCUAUAGGUCUCUUGCCAAGGAAGGACCUAAUUUUUGAAGUAGAAGACAGACACGAUACGGAAGGUUUUGCAGUCGUCUCGCCCGCAUCGCCAAGCCCUCCGGAGAGCGACACGGAGAACAGCCUGUCAUGCAACUCUGACAAGCCGCUGCUGGCGAUAAGGAACGUGCGCCAGCUGCACAGCGUCUUGGGCGCACACCACUUCCUGUGCGCGGCCUACUGCGCGAUGGUCGGCUGCCAGGUGGUGGUCAAGGGACACUCCCAGGACCUGGUCGCCAGUGUUGUCAAGUGUCUUAAGUUGCUGUUGCCUCGCACCUGCCAGCGCACCAUCGUGUACUCGAACAAGUACGUGCCUAGGAAACACUGCAACCUGCUGGGGCUGGCGCCAGAGACCCCUGUCCCAGGUGACGACACGGAAGUGUUCCUGCUGAACAUCACGUACCAUCACGCUGCUGACACUGAUGGAUUCAGUAACUUUUGCUGUGAUAUAUGCUGGGCUGGAAACCUACCUGCCAAGUGUCCAACCAUUCUAAUGAAGAUGGAGAAAGCAAUAACAAACUAUAACCUUCAUGAAAGUGUUCUUGAAUACUACUUCUUUGCACUGAAGGAGGAAUGGCUGAACAUUGCCAAAGUUCUUCGCAAAGUGCAGAAAAAUAAUGAAUCGAGCAGUGAUCUGUCUGAUCUGCUAUCUUCUCUUGGUGCCAAGCCUCAAGACAAAGCUUUGCUCGACUUCUGGGCGGCCGGAGUGCUCUGAACUACUGUUCCUUCUGUGAUGGUUGUGCGUACGUGUGGAUGUGUGUCUAUAUUUGCAGUUUUUUUUUUUUUUUAAUUGUGUAAAGUUUGUGGUUAGUUUCAGACUGACAUACUCAUUCGUGAAUGCUAGGUUGUGUGUCUAUUGUUUGAACAUCUGAGUGCAUUAUUGUUAUAUAACAGUUGAUUACACUUUUGCAUCAAAAUCAUAUGUUUUUAUAAAGGUUGAAUUUGUUUAUUUGAGAUGGGCAUAUUGUGCCUUUUAUCAGUAUUUUUUUUAUUUCAUGGAUCACUUUUGCACAUAUUUUCUAUUAAGACAUUACUUUAGGAUGUUUUAUUGUGUUUUUUUUUAACCCACAAUUUUGUUGCUAAUGUUACCUGUUAAAUGAGCAGAAUUACUUUUGCAGUUAAGUGACUACAUUAUAGUGUGUGACAUUGCAGUGCUUAACAUAUUAUUAUAAAUUUACAUUACUUUCAAAUUCCCAUAUCAUCUUCCCUGAUCUGUCAGAUAUUUCACUUGAAUUUAAUAUGUAGCAGAAGUCAUACACAAAUAAAUUAUUUUAUUUACAUCAGAAAA